AUGGCCGACGAGGGUUCAUCUACAACGCCUCAAUCGUCAUCUGAGCCUAAUACUUCUACUUCAUUGGGUGAGCAAGCUUCAAGAUCGUCAUUGCUACCUGGCUAUGUUUUUAAACCGCCCGAGCCAGUUAAGUUAGCGAAGAAUGGCGUAGAAAAUUGGAAAAUAUGGAAACAGCUUUGGCAGCAUUAUUGUGUUGUGUCUAAUGUUGAACAACACCCAGCGGCCUUUAGAAAGUCGCUUCUCAUAUCGAAGAUGGGAGUCGAAGCUUUGCAGAUAUAUAAUGGAUGUGAUCCACUCGAUACGGAUACUGCUGAAGAUAUUCUUAAUAAAUUGGACGCACACAUUCUUGGGGAAACCAAUGAAACUUUUGAAAGGUACAAGUUUAACACAAGAAUUCAAAAGUCUGAUGAAACUAUCGAUGAUUACUUGGCCAGCCUCAAGACUCUAGCUAAAACUUGCAAUCUCUGUGAAUGUUUGAAGACGUCUCUUUUGAGAGAUAGAAUCGUCCUAGGUGUGAGAGAUGAUGUCACACGAAAGCGUUUAUUGCAAGAAGGAAAGCUUACCUUACGUAAAGCCCUAGACAUUUGUCGCACACACGAGAAAACCACCAGCCAGUUGAAAGUCAUUGCUGGGAAAGAAGAUGAAGUGCAUCGAGUAAACAUCAGUAAAUACAACCGAAAGUAUUCAGCAGCGGCGAGAAAUGCUAAAGGAUAUCAAGCCGCGAGAAAGACUAAUGAGGUGAGUAGCAAGUUAACUCACAAAGGGAAAAUUAACAAAUGCAAGUUUUGUGGUGCUGAACACAUAAUGAAGAAAGAAGCUUGUAAAGCAUGGGGAAAGCAGUGCAAUAAAUGCAAAGGUUUAAACCACUUUGCCAGGUGCUGUUCUGCCCUGAAACCAACACAUGUGGUGAGAGAUGAUUCUUCAUCAGAUUCUUCCACCGAAUGGGUGUUUCCAGUAAUAGCAGAAUCAGUGAACUCUGUCUCUACUGGCGCUGUUUACGCAGAAAUGUCUCUUGAGGAUGGAGGAAAGGUGAAAUUCCAAGUUGACUGUGGAGCGACAGUGAACGUUAUACCAAAGAAAUAUGUUCAUGAGGACAUACAACUGGAAAAGUCACAGACUGUGCUUAAUAUGUAUAACAAGUCAACACUGAAACCAGUUGGAAGAUGCAGAAUCAUUACCAAGAACCCUACAACUGGAAAGAAAUACAAUGUGAUGUUUGAGGUGGUUAAGCAAUAUCUGACACUGUCUCACGCUCUACUCAGCCGAAGAGCAGCUGAACAAAUGAAGCUCAUCACCAUUAAUUAUGGUAACUUUAAGCAAGUGCAUGGAGUUGCUGAUGGUGUGUCAACACUUGUCUCUGAAUAUAAGUCAGUUUUUGAUAAUAACACUGUUGGAAACUUUUCUGGUAAAGUAUCCCUUAGAAUUGAUGGCAAUGCCAAGCCUGUGCAAUGUCCUCCACGACGUGUACCCAUUGCUGUCAAAUCUGCUGUUGAACAAGAGCUGUACAAUCUGGUUCACCUUGGUGUUAUCAAACCUGUAACAGAGCCAACUGAAUGGUGUUCUCAGAUUUCUGUACAGAAGAAGAAGGAUGGUAAACUUAGAGUAUGCAUUGAUCCGAAAGUGCUGAAUGAAGCUCUCCAGAGAGAGCGGUACCCACUUCCUACCAUCGAUGAUGUUCUGCCAGAGCUGGCAAAGGCAACAUUCCUUAGUAAAGUUGACCUCGCUCAUGGUUACUGGCAUUGUGAGCUAGAUGAAAAAAGCAGCUACCUGACUACAUUCAUUACUCCAUUUGGGAGAUUUCGUUGGUGUCGCCUACCAUUUGGUCUAAAAGUGAGUGCCGAAAUUUUCCAAAGAAAGCUUAAUGAAUGUUUGAAUAACUUGCCAGGAACUGUGUGUGUAGCUGAUGACAUUUUAGUGUUCGGAUGCUCUGAAGAAGAUCAUGACAAUAAGCUUCGAAACCUCUUUGAUGUGUGUACGAAGAAAGGCAUCAAGCUCAACUACAAGAAAUGUGUUUUCAAGACAAGUGAAGUUGAUUUCCUUGGUCACGUAGUCACCAGUAAGGGACUAAAACCUGACAUGAAGAAAGUUGAAGCCAUUUUGAAAAUGGAAAAACCAACUAAUGUUGAUGGAGAUGUGGAAUGGGAAUGGACAGAAGAGCAAGAUAGGGCAAUGAAAGAAAUUAAGAAUCUUGUGACAACUGCACCAGUACUCUCCUACUACGCCCCAGAGAAAGAGCUCGUGAUCCAAUGUGAUGCUUCAAGUACAGGAAUUGGAGCUGUUCUUCUUCAAGAUGGAAAGCCUUUGGGAUAUGCAAGUCGAGCUUUAACAGCCAGAAUGUGA